AUGAGCUCUAGUCCCGCGGCGCGCCCAGCCCCAUCUGAGUUAGCUCCUGGCCUGCCCCGCCGGGCGGCCGUCAACUUGAGCACCCUGGCGCGGGGCACGGGCGUGCGGGGCCCUGCGGGCCGGCCGGUGCUCGCAUUGUUGCUGCUGCUGGCGCUGCUGGCGCUGCCCGCUGGCGCCUGGUACAAGCACGUGGCGAGUCCCCGCUACCACACAGUGGGCCGCGCCGCGGGCUUGCUCAUGGGGCUGCGCCGCUCGCCCUACAUGUGGCGCCGAGCGCUGCGCCCCGCUGCCGCGUCCCUUGCCUGGGACACCCAAGGCCUGGGCGCGUCCCCCCAGGGGCUAUCCGCCAAAGACACCCUCUCUCCGGCGCCCGUCCCUCGCGGUGCUCUCCUGCUCUCCUCGGGGGUUCGGGAACUGUUGGAGAUGGGACGCAGGUACUCCCGCGCAGGGCGCGAACUGCGCAGCCCGAGCCUGAACUGGAGCCGCGGCAGGGCGCCCAUUCCUGGACCUCCGUGA